AUGGCUGGCGUACUUGAUAAAAUUAAGACCUCUAUUCAAGAUGGUACACGAGAAAUUUCGAGAGCAGCCUCAGGACUUAACACAGAAAUUCAACAAACUGCGGCUAAUAAUAACGUAAAUAAUCCUUUACCUUCUGAUUUUGCUUCAGAAGUAAAUAAAGCCGCAAAAAUCUUGAACAGUUUUACAGAUCCAAAGAAAGAAGAGGGAGCAGAUCAACAUGCAAUUCCAAAAGAAAUUUUCAAAAAUGCUUUGGGUUUGGCAAUUUUUACGGUCGUCAAGGCUGGAUUCUUUUGGUCCGGACGUGUAGGAUCAGGUUUAGUUGUUGCUAAACUUGAAAAUGGAAGUUGGUCCCCUCCAUCUUGCAUCAAUAUUGGUGGUGUAGGAUUCGGUGCACAAAUUGGUGCUGAUGUCACCGACUUUGUAAUUAUUUUAAAUACCAAAGAAGCAGUCAAAGCAUUUUCACGUGGUGAAAAUCUUACUUUGGGUGGAAGUUUAUCUGUAAUUGCUGGACCUGUUGAUAUUGGGGGUGAGAUUUCAGGAAGUGUCAUUGAAGCCGCUCCUCUUUAUUCAUACAGCAAGUCCAAGGGUUUAUUUGCUGGUGUUUCCCUUGAAGGUACAAUUAUUAUCGAACGUAAAGAUGCAAAUAAUGUAUUCUACGAGAAACAAGUUUCUGCUGAAGAAAUUUUGAGCGGAAAGGUUGAAACUCCUUCAGGAAAGAUUGAUGUGUUAUACAAUGCUAUUAAAUUUGCGGAGGAAAGAGAAAUAAACCAUCAUCAUUAA